ACGAGAUACCUUCUUCCUGCUUCUUUGCAUCGCUUCGGCAUGUGACUGUUCCAAACGGAUUGCCGUCAGUAGAAUCUGGAAUCGCUUGCUGUCUUUCGUCUCCCAAAGACUUGUUCGUCAGGUAAGAUCAGACGUCUCUUGCAGUUGCAAGGAACGCAUGGAUUCUUUGGCGCUCAAUGCCUGCUUCGCCCCUACACUGUCGGCUACUUUGUUGCUCCUUAUCCGAAUGCAUCCAUGUCGAGACAUCUAUAAAGUGUACGAGUCCGUCCUCCAUCUUGGCCUCAAGAAUCAGCAGCAGCAAUGGAGAAAGGCGGCGGCGGCGACCCGGCGACGAGCGCGGCCGGUGGCAUGUGCGACCGGUUCCUGACGUUCCUGGCCAAGAACCUAACGAUGAGCAGGGUGAAGAGCAUCGCCGACGGCCCGAAGAACGGCUCCGGCGGCGGCCACCCUCCAACGGAGCGGGGAGAGGAAGGUGACGAGGAAGACGAGUUCGCCAUCCCGAUCGAGAGGGCCGAGUUCGACUACGAGUUCGGCGGCCAUGGCGACGGCAGCGCCGCGACCAUCCUGGAAGAGAGCGCCGUGGCAACGACGACGGCAAGGGACGUUCCUGCUGAGCAGAGGACGGGAGCCGCGGCCGACGACAGUCCGGUGGCAGCGCCGGCGGUGGCGGUGGAGGAGACCACGAAGGUGAGGAAGACGGUGACGAUCAAGGAGGACCGGCCCGAGCAGGAGGGCGCCGGCGCCCCGGCGGCGACGCUGGAGCGGAAGAGGUCGCUGUUCAAGAAGCGGCAGGCGUCGGCGUCGGGCGCGGGAGGAGGAGACGAGCAGCGGGUGCCGAGGCGGAGCGGGCUCCGGCCGCGGAUGCCGCCAGUGCUGCGGGUGCCGUCCAACAUCAACGAGCGCUCCUCCACCUUCAUCGAGGAGCGCAGGAGGAGCUUCGGCGGCCGCGGCGGCAAGCCGGCGCCGGACAAGCAUUGAACGAGCCGGCCGGAGCACCGCUCGCCGCUGCAAUGCCCAUAAUGCUCGAUCUCUCAUCGAGUGUGUGCGUGUCAAGGAUCCGUGUGUUUGUGUGUGUCCAAUGGAUGGGCUUCGAUUGCAAUCAAAACUGUGAAUGGAUAGCA